AUGAAGCUUUACUUGAAAACUAUUACUGGAAAAUGUGUCGAACUUGACGUGGAAGAGAAUGAGUCAGUGGCUCGGGUAAAGGAAAUAUUUUCCGAGAGGGAAAGAGUUCCCCCAGACCAAUGCCGUCUAGUAUAUGCGGGCAAACAUCUCGACGAUGGCUUCACCUUGGAUCGCUACAGCAUCCGGCCUGAGUCAACUAUUCACGUUAUCUUGCGGCUGCGAGCUCAAGACAACACUCGGAGCUUUCCAACGUCCGAGGUCCCGUAUCCGUACCCUUCAGAGGCAGAAAGAAUCAUUUCCUAUUGGAACGAUUUGGCUGCUAGAGACGGUUUCGAUGCGGACACACAUAUCGUUGACCCGCAGGCGCACUACAUCGCUCUGGAGUCGCUUCAGAGGAAAGUCAAGACCUCUUCAGCUCUGUAUCGGAAAACUGGAAUAUCCUGGAAAACUCCCGAACCAGAGGAUGUAAUGCUUCGGCUUCUUGAGAUCACAGCACCUGAAUGGAUGCACAACCUUCUACUGGAUGCUGGGGGUGGUGUGGACGUUGUUGAUAGUGAAGCUGUCCUCUGUCUGUUGCAUUCCUACGUAAUUGUCAAGUCCGUUGUGGACACUUUUGACUUUCUAGUCGCUCGGAAGUUUUGCCACGAGUUCUUUAGCAUCCUUAUUCAGAGGGACACGAGAUAUAUCGCCGAGAUCGUCAAGAUUCCGAGGACUGCGCUCGGCAGCAUUGCCUCCACGCUGUUGACAGCACUUGCGAAUGCUCGGUAUGAAACCAGAGAUAGCACUGCUGAGGUGGUCAAGCGUGCGACAGACCAAUUCAUGGAUCUGAUCGGCCAUGAGCCUCCUUCAUCGGAUCCUAUAGAAACAUCCCGCACUAUGGCAUACUUAUUGGACGUUGGCCUGGUCAGCUACGCUGGAUCGCACGCAUCCAGAAAUGACUUCGAGGAUUUCGAGGCUGAAAUCGCGGAUCUCAGUUGCAACAAGGAUGGUUGUUUUCGAUUCCAGUGCAAGAUGCAGAGCCUAGCCUGCUUGAACGGAUUUCUAGAUGCGCGGGAGGUUUGGGUCUUUGAGAUACAAAAUAGAAGGGCCCCACCUCAACAGCAACAACGGCAGGGCGGAGCCAAAGAGCCUCUAUCGAUCCUGACGACGAUAGAUGCACUCUCUGAUAUUUGGGGACCCGUCUAUGCUGAGGCUAUUCACCAAGGCUCAUCAGCCGAAAAGCCGUACCGCAUUAGGAAGUACAACGUCUCCAAAGGAUGCAUCCGACCUCUACCUAGGCAACCUAUCUCCUCAGAUGGAUAUGUCCAAUGCCAUUGGUACAGCUGGGCAGAGGAGCAGCGACGACGUUUCUCUAACCUUUUUUCCGGGCGCUCCAAGGAUCCAACGAUGUCACUAGACGAUAAGCUUCUGAUUGGUACAGAGAUGACAGAGAAGCCAGAUUGCACAUUCAACAUGACAGAGUAUGAAAUGAAUUAUGGCAAUGCUAUAUACGCGGCUGGGCCGAAGCCUUCGACAUGGAGGUUUGAUGGUGUAGCAGUGUCUCUAGAAUUAGCAGCGCCGAAAUUCGCAAUGCUCCAGAUCAAAGGCAAGGCGAAAAGAGUCCCGGAAACAACAAUCAAGGAGCAUGCUUGGCAAAAAUGGAGCUCAAAGCCUGAGUCUGCGAACCCUGGCAUCCUGAAUAACUACUUUGGCGUCGAGAUUAGCAACUGUACCGGAAAUGCCAGGAGAGUGUCCCUGAAACAGAUACUCCUUAUGAAUCCAAUACAAGAGCUGCUUGAGCGCCAGAUCCCUGGGUGGCAGGCAACAAGCUGGGGGAGGGAUUUUAAGAAAGCACUCCAGACGGAGUCUGAAACAGCAGUCUUCAGCUUUUGGAGACAGCAUGUCGCUCAUCGGGCGCUUGUGGGACGCCUCAUAUCUUCCGUCCUGGAUGUGCUUGACGGCACUGGAUGCAACAAAUCAGGAUUUCAGGCGGCGUUCCUGCACCAGGACAAUGAAAGCAUUAUUAACAUUGAUCCCAGGGACAAUGACUGGGCCGAUUUGCUUAAGGACUCAUAUCUCACUGCGACGUACGCGAUUGUCAAUGAGAUAUGCCUCGAAUAUAAACUCCCGGAUCAUAGUGCUUCGAUAUGCAACGAUGGACGACGGUACUCAGUCUUACAAACCAAAAUUGGCAUGGAGACAGAGGCAGGUCUUACCAGGCGUUUCAAGAUCGAUCCGCAUGGUUUAUCGUUGAAGAGGAUUAACCCUGAAGCCGCUGAGCUGCCUUUUCUCCUGACACGCGAAUCGACGGUCACAACCAUGGUUCACCUCGGCACACGAACGCACCGCGCGAAGGAACUGUUGAACCAACAAUCGCACGAUCGUAAAAAGCACCAUCAGGUAAUACUACGCGCAUCGCGGGAGAGCUUUGGCGGGAUGCCAUAUCCACGCCAGCGUGGUUUGACAAAGAUAGACGAGGACCCUAUGGAUAUAGACGUACAAGCCGAGGACUUCAACCAAGAGUUGACGGAAGAGGCCCUUUCACAGCUGGAGAUUGAGGCCAUGAUCAUAGAUAGCCUGAUGACGAGGGACGUUGUGGAGGACGAGCAGAAAGCUCGCUGUUGA